AUGCCUCCUCGAAGCUCGUUGACGAGCUCAUUCUCGGUCACCGAUGCCAAUAAUGAAGUGAUCUGUCCCUUGAAAAACAACGACGGGUCCAGCUGUCGCAAACGAUGUACAGGGGAGAAACGUUAUCGCUCCAUGCAGGAGCACAUUCGCCGUGCGCAUCCCAACCACUACAUCCCGAAGCUCCCGGCUACCGAGGAAAGCUUCUUGCUCAUGGUCACCACCCGCCCGAUCAGCGAGCUCAUCUGUCUCCACCCGAACCAGCUCGCCCUCGACGUCCGCAUGGCCAUGGUAAAAAUUGCGGACCGAGACAUCUACGUUGCUGAUCCCAGUUCCCCGGCUACCCCUCGAGCUCUCGAUGAACCCCACCCCGCUGCUGCGACCGCGGCUGUUGCGCUUGCGCAGUUGCACCAUCAUCGCCUGGCCUCCGACUGGGAUACUGACAUGGACGCUCACUCCGACACCGACAUUCACACGGGUCGCAUGCGGUCUACCAUUGAACUGCCCUCGCUACGCGAUCACUUCAAGCAGGAAUCGCUGCCUCCUUUCACCUCACCGCGAACCCGAGAAUUACUCCCCUCGAUCUUAAACCACUCUCCGCCAGCUCGCUCGUCCACCCUUCCUCCCAUCCAGCGACGCGACAAGCUCAACCGUCCGCGCAAAUCAUCCAUCUCCCAGUCGGCUCGCAAACCCAAGCACGAACGCGUCCGGUCCAAAGAGUUCGCACGGAGACCCAGCCUUGGGGAACGCAAGGCCCUCUCGGCGGAGCCCCAAACAGCCGCCUGGGCACAGGGCAAGCGGUGGGAGGACCUCAUUGAAGCGGCAACGUCCGCCACCGAAGCAGACGACGAAAGAUAUUCCGAGGAUGGACUUGGAUCUCCAGGCCGGUCAGUCACCGACGAUCGCUCCCUUGCUGAACCAUGUGACGUCCGCGCCGACAAACCUGAAAAAUCGGUCUUCGUUGCCGCCGGGGUUCCAGUCUGGACCGGGACUCCCGCCAUUAUCAUCACAUCGACAGUUUCCGCCGCACUCAUAUACAGCGUCCCCGUUGCACAAGUCGCUUACGCCCCGCCCUUUGAAGGUCACCGCAACCGUGACAGUGACCUGGAGCCUUUCCCCUCCAUCGAGUCCUCCCUCGAUUCCAUGUCAACGGCUUCGGGCAAGAAUCUUCCGUCAACAAGCAGUAUUGCGCGAUCCAUCAACUCCGAUUCCAGUCCUGUCUAUAACGCGAUCCCUCCGCUUUCACAGCAACGCCCGCCCCAUCGCUUUUCCAAUCCCACGCCCGGAUCAUUUCGCAAUCAGGAAGUUCAAAUUUACUGUGCCAAUUGCAGACGGCCAUCGCCUCUGAACGAAUCAUAUGCGUGUACGGAAUGCAUCUGUGGAGUGUGCCGAGACUGCGUGAGCUUGUUUAUGUCCAGCCCACCGGCCUUGUUUCGCAGUCCUGGCAAUGGCUCAUUGAGCAGUGCUCCAACCUCGGGCCCUACGAGCUAUCCCUCGGCCAGGGGAUGCCCGCGCUGCCGCGUCAUGGGUGGAAAGUGGAAGGCUUUCCAAAUCGACGUGAAAUGA